CAAAAAAAGAGGCAUCGCGGAGUAUUUGCAUUGUUUGCAUCUCAGCCCCUCCAGAAAGCCGCUAGUCCGCUUUUGUUCCAAGGUUGCUGUGCAAGCAUCACCCGUGUAAACAAUCAGCCCGAUCGCAUUUUCUCUGCAGCAACCUCACUUUUUCGCUUCCUUCUUUCCCCUCUAGUUUGGGGAUAGAAUAUAUUUCGAAGACUAGAAGCUUAUAAUGGCGUACAACAAUCGCAUGAGUCAACAAUUUCACGGCUCCCAGCAGCACGGCCGGGGUCGCAAGAAGGAGGAUGAAAACGACGCUUUGAUGCGCCUGCCUGAUAAAGAAAUUGCAGGCUGUAUUAAUGAUAUCGGCAUCCCAUUCACGGCUGCCGAUCUGAUCAAGCCGAACCCACAGCAGGUCCAAAUGGUGCUGGAAUGGUUUGCAGAGCUUCUUAUGAACACUACUCGCGAUACUGUCGAGCCGGCGAUGCGUGCUGCCGCAGAUGAUGUCUGCGGUGAUUUCCCGGAUAUUGUGCCUACGGACACACGGAACUUGAUGGGUUUCUUUGCUAAUGUGAGGAGAUUGAUGUUGGAGUGCGGUGUAAAUGACUUUACGUUCACCGAUCUGACGAAACCUACCCACGAUCGCCUCGUCAAGAUAUUCUCAUACCUCAUAAACUUUGUCAGAUUCCGCGAGUCGCAGACAGCCGUUAUCGACGAACACUUCAACAAGACGGAGAAGACGAAACAACGGAUUGAUACUCUCUACGGGGAGAACCAGGAUAUGGAACAACGACUUGAAGAUAUGCGCCGAAGCCUCAGGUCCAACGAAUCGGAGGUUAAGGAGAAGAUGAGACGAAACGAUGAACUCAAAGCUCGCUUACGGCAGCUGGGCAUAAGCCAAGAGCAGGUCGCUGAGACCUUAGAACGAGUCAAGGCCGAUAAAGCAAGGCAACAGACUAAAUUGAAAGAGAAGAUGGAGAGAGCGGUGAAAACCCGACAAGAGGUCGAUAAGCUGCGGCCAUACGUGAUGGAAAGCCCCGCAAGUCUUCAGGCCACGCUCACCGAAUUAUCGGACAACCUUCUACGGGAGAAGGCCCAGAUUGAUGCCAUGGAGAAACGAGCCCGGGCGUUGCAGACCUCGUCAGACACAUUCACAGUCGUCAGCAAUGACGUGCAAGCAUGUGUCAAGCUCCUUGAGGAUGUUUCUGUGGAGCUACAUAAAGAAGACGACGAAGAGCUUCGCGCUUUGAGAAAUAAGGAAGCUAUUUCGGAAAGGGGCAACAAUGUCAGGGAAGUCGAGCAGACGGAGGGACUACUACAGUGGCCCAGCAGCGGAUGGAGGAGCUUCGGGAGGUGCAGAAAGAGCUCCGGGAAGAGCGAGCAGAGAAACAGCGCGACAUGGAGCGAAGGAGGAUCAGGAUCGAGCAAACUGAGAAAAAGAUGGCCGACUUGAAGGAAAAUAUCGAAAGCGAGGUCCAGAGUGCACAUGAUGAAUAUCUCAAGCUCGAGUCCCAUAUCAAACUUUACAUCACAGAGAUGGAGAAGAGUUUAUAACAUGCAGUUUUGGUCACUUAU